UGGCAGUUCCGGCAGGGCAGGAAGGAGCCGGGAGAGAGGAAAUAUUCAUCAGCGCAAUCUAAACAGUGGCGAGAGUCUCGCCCCGCCCUGCCAAGGCUAAGGCCGAGCUGCGAAGGGGGUCUGGGCAGUCGGCAGAAGCGGCCAUGGAGAAGAACCCGUACACCUUGGCCAAGCUUGGCCUGGACAACAAUGCCAUGCUGCGGCCGCAACGGGACUGCGGCUUCUACGCCAAGUACAUCUUUCUCUUCCUCUCCCUCAUCCAGUUCCUGAUUAUUUUGGGUCUGGUCCUCUUCAUGGUGUACGGCAACAACUGCUCCACCACCGAGGACCACGUGCGGUGGACGUCUGCCUGGCUGCAAGAGUGCCGCGUGCAGACGGGGGCCCUCGCCAAGGAGAAAGCCAACAUCACGAAAAUGCUGAACGCCAGCCGCGCGGAGAGCCGCCAGCUCGCGGGCCAGCUGACCCGGCUGAAUGGCACCCUGAGGGCUUGCAAUUCCCAGAAGCUGGUGCUCCAAGAACAAGUCCAGCGGGCUGCGCUCACCAUCCAGAGUCUCCAGGAGUGCUACCGGACUGUGAGCUAUUUGAAUGCUACCUAUCCAGGGAAAGUGAGCACUCUCGAAGCGCAACUGACCGUGCAGACUUUGCACUCGGAGCUGGAAAAGGAAAACUUGACCAAAGAGAACCAGCGCCUGCAGGCCCUACUCAAGAGGGCCGAGAAGGAGGAGGCAGACUGCCAGCUGGAGUUGCUGCAGAUCAGGACGCAGGUGCAGAAGACCGGGGAGCUGGAGGCCCAGGUGAUGAGCGAGAUACAGGCCGCCAGCCAGAACCUCAAAUCCACGGUGGAGAGGGUUCUGCCCAGCCAGUACAUCUGGAGCUGCAGCACGGAGGAGAUCCAAACCCUGCAGACGAAAUGCAACAGCCUGUCCAAGUACCUGGAAGGCACCGUGACCACCUUGCUCCAGAAACUGGAAGGCAAGGUCAACGACGUGGCCAAGGAGAACGGCGGGCUGCAGAAAGAGAAGGCGGCCUGCUCCCAAGACCGGCAGGCGCUGAGCAGCAAACUGACGGCACAAGAGCAGCAGGCGACGCAGGACAGAGACGCCCUCCAGCUGGCCUGCAGCAAAGAGAAGGCCGUCAUCUUGGUCGACCAGCAGAAAACCUUAAACGAAAGGGAAGCCUUGCGGCGAGAACUGGACGGGAUCAAACAGAAAUGCUGGGUUCCCCCUCAAGGCAUGGGCGUGCCUGGGGCGUCAGGUGGUGCAAAUCCCUUUCCCGGCAUCCCAGGGAAUUUCAAUCCAAUGGGAGCAUCUAGCAGUUUCAACCAACCUUGGCCAAGGACUGGAGGACUGAAUGCCCCACCUAGCGCUUUUGGGAACCUGGGGCCCCAAGGGAACCCACCUGCUCCACGGAAUUUCGCACCACUGGGGAAUAUCAGCCCACACAGAACUUCCGGCCACACCGGCCACGCCAAGCCGGAAGAGGGCAAGAAGCCUGCGAGGGCCGUCAUUCCUCCCUACCAGUUCCCGCCGAAGCCUGCUGGACAGCCCAGCAGUUAAUGGGGUCAGCAGAGAAUGCCAACUGGAAACGGCUCCUGGCCUGGUGAAUUGUGAAGCAAUGUUGCGAGAGCCUGUAAGAGUCCUUGACGGGAAAAUCUCCAUGCUGGACAUGCACUUCAGGCAGGCAAGAGAGAAGACGAGGCCUGCAGAGCUCUCUGGAAUGGCCACGCCAAGUUGGCAUCUCUUGGCCUUGCGUACCUUGGAUCUCUCAUCUCUAGCACAAUUCCUGUACAUAAGUAUUACUUAAGGCAUCAUUGCUCUGCUUUGAUAGCCCCUCCCCUCUUGAAGAGCCUCCCCAUCACCAGCAGACGCAAUAUGUGCUGCCUGACUCCACCGGGGCACUGAUAGUCCUGCAGACCGACCUACCCGGCAGGGUUGUUGGGAGCUAAAAUUGAGACGUCUCCCACAUCAAAAGCCCCGGACUCUGUGGAGAAAAGAUGCAAUAAAGCAUGGAGACCAUAUAUAUUCCAAGUCCUGCAGCUGCGACGCACUCAGGAAAGAAACGAUGCGGAGACCUUGGACGUGAUGUUUUCAAAAUUUGAAAGAGGAAUCCAGUUAGAAGCUGGCUUCGCCAAGAUAGGAAUUCCUGCUGCCAUAUGUUUAAGACACAGUGUUAUAUUUAAUGUACUGUAUAUGCAUGAUGUACACUUUUAGGUAUAGGUUUAUGUAACAGCAGGUUAUUAAGCCAUUUAAUUGCUUUCCCUCCUGUCUGCUGAUGGAUAGGAUAGCAAAACGUCCCCAAUUCUCAGAGGCUUUGGAACAAACGAAAAGGGAGUUCUCUGUCACCGUUUAGGGUGCAGAAGGCCCCAGAUUGUUAGGAAAGGACUUCCUCUGUCUGGCAGACCCUGCUGCCAGUCAGAGAAGACAAGAGGGACCCAGGGACAGAUUCCAUCUUAGAGGUGCCCUGCUCCACUCUUGGAGUUCAGGAGGCAUCUGAGCGGCUCCUUUUCUGAUCUGGAAUUCUUGCCGAAAAAAUAGCACCGCUGUUUUGCAGAGCCUUGUUAUCUUUGAAUUAACAGAUGUGGAGGGGUACGCCAUCGAACCUCAGGCCUGAAUCCAUGACCAAUAAAUGCUCUAUGAAAACAUG